AUGCGAUAUGACUCAUACACGUUCAGACGCAAUCUCAACAUCGAAAUGGGCGAAUCCGAUGGAAUUGUCGAAAAUUCCAGGUAUUUUAAAGAAUGCGAAACAGUUAAGAAAUGGACUUAUGUUGAUGAAGGGGAACAAAAAUCGCUGAUCUAUUCAGCAUGCAUUCCCUCAGCAAACCAAGGCGAAAGCUUUCUAACACAAAUAGAAAUCAACUUAACCCAUUUUAACCAAUAUUUUGCGACCUACGCCCUCAUUAAUAAAAGCAAAUACACAUUUCUCGACCAGUACAAACGAGUAGUUUUUGAGAGUACGAAUGGAAUGACACAACCAACGAAGGAAGAUGCCAUUCUUAACUAUCCAUUAAUCGAAGAGCUCUCUGGUGACAUAUGGGGCCCUAUAUCCUCUCAACUCAAUGUUUCUCAAGAGAAUUUUAGUCUUCGGUCAUUUCACUACCAAAACCACUUCUACUUCACAAUUCUCAUUCCUAUUAAGAUAGAAUACGAUCAGACGCAUUACGUUAUACUUUUAUGCGAUUUUUCAGAGAUGAUCGCCGAUUCUCUCUGGGAAACCACAAAAGUAUACUUUGUCUACCUUAUGUUUGCUCUGUAUCCAGUCUGA